AUGUGGGUUUCUGAACUAUUCUUCUUCUUCUUCAUACUUGUUCGGGCUGCUUCGGAUUCAACUCUGUCUUCUUCAGUUUUCAUUGAAACCCUGAUGGGGAAUCAUAAUUUGACACAUUUUGUGUUGUUUAGUUUGUUGAUUCUUGUCCCUUGUUUAUGCCUGCAAGAUGUUCUGGAUAAUGCUACUACUUCUGUUUAUGUGGUUACUUUGAAACAAGCUCCAACUUCUCAUUCAUAUGGUGUUUUGACAUGGUUGAAGGAUGAUAGUAAUGGUUUCAAAGAUAAUGGAAGAACUCAAUUUCAGAAACCAAGAUAUGGCAAUAUUACAAAGACAGAUAAGAGAUAUGGCUCUUAUGUUACGCGAGUACACGAUUCUUUGUUGAAGAAAGUGUUGAAAGGAGAGAAAUAUUUGAAACUCUAUAGCUACCAUUACCUGAUUAAUGGAUUUGCUGUUCUUGUUACCCAACAGCAGGCAGAGAGACUAUCAAAGAGCGAUGAAGUGUCCAAUGUGGUUUUGGAUUUUUCCGUUAGAACAGCGACUACACAUACUCCACAAUUUUUGGGUCUGCCACAAGGAGCAUGGUCUCAAAAUGGUGGUUUUGAUACUGCUGGAGAAGGAGUUGUUAUCGGGUUUGUUGACACUGGAAUAGAUCCAUCACACCCUAGUUUCGGCGACAAUAAAUCUCAACAUCCAUAUCCUGUUCCCGCUCAUUUUUCUGGUAUCUGCGAGGUUACUCGAGAUUUUCCAUCUGGCUCUUGCAAUAGAAAACUUGUUGGGGCCCGUCAUUUUGCAGCAUCUGCUAUAACAAGAGGAAUAUUUAACAUGACUCAAGACUACGCUUCUCCCUUUGAUGGCGAUGGCCAUGGCACGCAUACCGCAUCGGUUGCAGCAGGAAACCAUGGGAUUCCGGUGAUUGUUGCUGGGCAUCACUUUGGGAAUGCUAGUGGGAUGGCUCCUCGUUCGCACAUUGCGGUGUACAAGGCGUUAUACAAGAGCUUUGGAGGAUUUGCUGCAGACGUUGUUGCAGCAAUUGACCAGGCAGCUCAAGAUGGGGUUGACAUAAUUAGUUUAUCUAUCACUCCAAAUCGGCGUCCUCCCGGUGUUGCAACUUUCUUCAAUCCUAUUGACAUGGCAUUACUGUCAGCUGUAAAGGCUGGUAUUUUUGUGGUUCAAGCUGCUGGAAAUACCGGGCCGUCCCCGAUGAGCAUGUCUUCUUUCAGUCCAUGGAUCCUUACUGUUGGUGCUGCCUCUCAUGACCGGCUUUAUAGUAACUCCAUAAGUCUUGGAAACAAUGUUACCAUACUUGGAGUUGGACUUGCACCUGGCACGGAUGAUAACAAACUUUACAAACUGAUUCAUGCGCGUGAUGCUUUAAACAAUGAUACAACGGUCGCUGAUGAUAUGUAUGUUGGUGAGUGCCAAGAUGCAAGCAAGUACAAUCGCGAUUUGAUCAAAGGGAACCUUAUGAUCUGCAGCUAUUCAAUUCGAUUUGUGCUCGGCAUUUCCACUAUCAAACGAGCUUCAGAAACAGCCAAGAAUCAUAGUGCAGCUGGUGUUGUCUUCUAUAUGGAUCCUUAUGUGAUCGGUUUUCAGCUUAACCCAGUUGCAAUGAAAACACCCGGCAUAAUAAUUCCAUCUACAAAUGACUCAAAGAUUUUGAUGCAAUACUACAAUUCUUCGUUGGAAAUAGACGCGGUUUCGAAGAAAGUUGUUAAAUUUGGGGCUGUUGCCGCAAUCUGUGGCGGACUAAAAGCAAACUACAGUGCUGCAUCCCCAAAGGUUAUGUAUUACUCUGCAAGAGGACCAGAUCCAGAGGACAGUCUUCCUCGCCAAGCUGAUAUUUUGAAACCUAAUUUGUUAGCCCCUGGAAACUUUAUAUGGGCAGCUUGGAGUUCUCUUGGAACUGACUCGGUUGAAUUUCAAGGGGAGGAUUUUGCUAUGAUGUCGGGCACAAGUAUGGCUGCACCACAUAUUGCAGGUCUUGCUGCGCUGAUUAAGCAAAAGUUUCCGAAUUUCAGUCCUGCAGCCAUCGGUUCCGCCCUUUCUACUACUGCUUCUCAGAAUGAUAAAAGCGGUGGACCAAUAAUGGCUCAACGAUCAUAUGCCUUUCCAGAUCUAAGCCAAACUCCGGCUACUCCUUUUGACAUGGGAAGCGGUUUUGUGAAUGCAACAGGAGCAUUGAACCCGGGUUUGAUCUUUGAUACUAGCUACGAUGAUUACAUGUCAUUUUUAUGUGGCAUCAAUGGUUCAGCUCCGGUGGUACUAAACUUCACCGGUCAAAAUUGUUUGCUUUAUAACUCCACUCUAAAUGGUGCUGAUCUAAACUUGCCAUCAAUCACUUUAUCAAAGCUAAACCAGUCCACAAUUGUGCAAAGAACAGUUCAAAACAUUGCUGGAAAUAACGAAACUUACAGUGUCGGUUGGAAUGCUCCUUUCGGUGUUUCGGUGAAAGUAACUCCAACUCACUUUUCUAUUGCAAAUGGUGAAAAACAAGUGUUGUCUGUGAUCUUGAAUGCAACCACGAAUAAUUCUGUUGCAAGCUUCGGGAAGAUUGGACUGUUUGGUAAUCAAGGUCAUGCUGUCAACAUUCCGAUUUCAGUUAUUUUUAAAAUCUCAUAUAGUAACAUCACUACUAGCUAA